AUAUCCAUAUAUAUUUUUCACUGAAUUUUCUCCGCUCAUUUCGCCCGCAUUGUGAGAAGCAAAACAAUCAAGUGAAAGCGCUGAAAUUGUAUUGUGCUCAUAAACAGAGAAGCAUAAUUUUUUUGGAGACAAACUUUCGUCCGAUUUCAGUGUACCACCAAGAGCAAAGUGCACGGCGCAUUGGCACGCCGCCGGAGAGAGAGUGUUCCAAGUUCCAAGUGCCACAGAGCCAAGUGCCAAAGUGGUAUCUGGAAAUUAUUUUACGGAACUAACGCAGACCCCGGAGCAUCGAGUCUCAGUCAGUCGCACACGAGCGUCGCUGUCGGGCGGAGUAAAAAUUCGGAAUUAAAAAAAAAACAAAAGGAAAAAGAAAAAAAGAAGAGACGCUAAAAUAGCAGACGGAAACUGAAUCUCCAAAUCGGGAAACUCAAGCGGUGGGAAAAAUGUGCUAGAGAAGAUGUGCGAGGAGGUUAAACCGACGACGGGUCAUAAAUCGCAGAGGAAUCAAAUGAGUUUUAUUCAAUCAACGAAGAAAGUCCGCCCUCCAACGGAAGUGCUAUAUAUAUAAAGAGUCUCUAAAUCUACACCGACGACGACGACGACGACGACAUCCCAAAUAAAACUAAGCAAACUCUAAGCCUCUUCCUACAAUGGGCAAGGAUCAGGAGUUCCUGGAGGCGGCACGCAAUGGGAAUAUCUCUCACAUUGAGAAGGUUCUCACCCAGAAGGCCAAAAGGGCAGGACCUUUGGCCAGUCUGCGGCGCGGCACUGGAGUCAAUGUCCAGGACAGUGGUGGCUACUCCGCCCUGCAUCAUGCCUGCCUCAAUGGACAUGAGGAUAUAGUUAGGUUAUUACUAGCUCAUGAGGCCUCGCCCAAUCUGCCGGACUCUCGGGGAUCUUCGCCACUCCACUUGGCUGCCUGGGCAGGAGAAACGGAGAUUGUGCGACUCCUGCUGACGCAUCCAUAUCGACCGGCCAGUGCCAAUCUACAGACAAUAGAGCAGGAGACGCCACUGCAUUGUGCCGCACAGCAUGGACACACGGGAGCUCUGGCCCUGCUGCUGCAUCAUGAUGCAGAUCCCAAUAUGCGGAAUUCAAGGGGAGAAACCCCACUGGAUUUGGCUGCACAAUAUGGCAGACUGCAAGCUGUUCAAAUGCUGAUACGUGCCCAUCCGGAAUUGAUAGCUCAUCUGGGCACUGAGGCCAUGGAACGAGGUACACCAUCACCCUCUUCGCCAGCAUCCCCUAGUAGAACCAUCUUUCCACACACCUGUCUGCAUUUGGCCAGUCGAAAUGGUCACAAAAGCGUCGUGGAAGUCCUUUUGUCCGCCGGAGUUAGUGUGAAUCUACAAACUCCUUCGGGAACUGCUCUCCAUGAGGCAGCUCUCUGUGGCAAGGAGAAUGUGGUUAGGACUCUACUGAAAGCUGGCAUCAAUUUGGGAGCCACCGACAACGAAGGACGCACUGCCCUGGAUAUUCUACGAGAAUUUCCACCGCAUGUCACCAAACACAUUGUGGCUGUGAUCAACAACUUCCGUAACCAAAUGGACACCGAUGAAGGCGACGAGGUGAUUUACAGACAGCACACGGGACCACCGAGCUCCUUACGUGGCCAAAGUAAACAUCAUUCCCAACAGCAGCAGGCCCAUAGCAACCAUUACCAUUUCAACUCAAACAACCACUUGCUGAACCACUCACACUCCAUGCAGCAAUCCGGAUAUAGUAAACAGCGUCUAAGUGCCGGAAACGGUGGUCCCUACAAUGGAGGAAAGUCCUUGGAUAGUGCACUCCAGCCGGAGGAUCGUUUCUAUCAGGAACUCAAUGCACACUCACCUUUGCACAGUCAGAAUGAUAUGGGUGGUGGCUACAGUGUUAGUCCCUCCUCAUCUCUGAGCAGCUUUGAACCAGCUUCUGUAUCUCCACGAUCCCGCUGCUCUACCGGCGGUCUAGGUCAACCCAUGCAGAUGAGUACUUUUGCACCAGCUGGACCUCCCAAGAAGCCACCUAGACGCAAUCUUUCCGUUUCACCAACUCACGCCGGACCUGGUCAGCAGUUUAGCUACAGCUCUCCAUCUAGCCAGAGUCAAAGUCAGAGCCAUGGUCAUGGUCAGAACCAAUUGCGCCGUCAACCGCCCAGCGAUAGUCCAUACUCCCAUCAAAGUCAUGGCAGUGUGGGUGGAAUGAGUUUCGAUGAGACACAGAUGAGGGAACGCCAAAGGAGUGAUCGUCUAUAUGCCAGUGCCAGGCAGAGCACAAGAUCAGCAAUUGCUGGAGGAAUGAGCCUGAGUUCUAGUAAUGACAUGCUGGACCGCCAGUGCAGCAGCUCUGAACUGAACAGCGAGACGAGUGUACUCAAUUCUAGUGGAGACUCACCAGCUACUAAUUCCAUGAAGAGACCCAUUCCAGCUCCUCGAAGUUCAACCACCAAGCUGUCUAAGGAACUACUAAAGUCUGCAGAAAACGCCACCCUCAAGUCGUAUAAUCCGAAUAGGAAACUUAAGCGGAAUAGGAACAGCAGCGGUGCCAAUGCGGCCACCAAAUCCAAUGGUGGUGACGAGAACUGCGAGGCCAAGCAGCAGAUUCCAAGUAGCCCCACCCACUAUAAGCAACCUCCAACCCCUGAUCAUCCGCCGCCAAGUUCCAGUCAAGCGGAAAGGACCAUCCACGAACGGAUUAGACCACUUAGCCAGGAGUACAAGCGUCGGUCAGCUUUGCUCCAGCUACAGGCGGCCCAGCAAUUAAUGAUCGAGACAGGCUCAUCGCCAUCGAAACUACUGCCCACACUGAGUACGCCUGGCUAUGAUUAUGAUGAUACGGUUACAGUGGUUCCCCGUUGCCCGGCUCCCUCAUCCGGAUCCCUUAGUUCCAGCAUCUCGUGCUCGGAUCACAGUCUUUCCCAUUCCACUGACUAUGUAGAGGAGUUUGUCAGCGAUGUUCCUUUUGCUGGCCUGCUAAAGGGAGCCUCCCAGCAGCUCAAGGAACAAUGCGAAGUGCAGUUGAAAAUCCAAGAGGAGGGAAAACCGCAGCAAACUUUACCACGAGUGCGUCCACCACUGGCCGCCAAGCCAGCAGUGCCGGAGAGAAAGUUUGUUAAGCCUCCGACAACGCCAACCAAUCAACCAGUAGAAGCAAAUGGAAAUUCCGCUGGCGAAGUAGCCAUUAAACCUCCUCGAUCUCCCUCGAAAUCACCUUCGAAGUCCUCUAACAAAUCUCCAGCUAAAUCACCUGCAAAAUCCCCAGGAAGUGGCCAGUCGGCAGCAAGGAAUUCCAUAAACCUCCUGAGUCCCUUUAACGCAGAGGAGGCUCGGAAGAAGAUCUCUGAGAUCAUUGAGAACUUUGGUAGUGGCAUCCUGAAUACUAGCAUCACGCCCACCCAUGACAUCGAGCUGGACUUUGAGGACAUGGAGGUGCCCAACGAGCGCAGGGAAUUGGCCACACGUCUUCGUAAUGCUGGAUUACUUCAUCUGGAGAGGAUGCUCUUUGAGAACGGCUACGAUAACUACAAGUUUGUGCACAAUGUCUUUGAGGAGCCUGAUAUUCCACUUCUGCACAUUCCCGAAAGAGAUGCACCCAAGCUACUACGUUUUGUCCAGAGUCUACCGCCGGCGGAGUUCCAGCCGCAAGUGCCGCUCAAGACACAGCAGGAAAACAAGCAGAUGGGUGUGGCCACACUGCAGCAGUGGCUCAACACCAUUGCCCUGCCGGAGUACUUGGAGUUCUUCAACAAACAUCUCUACAACACCAUCGAAAGUGUGUGCGGGGUCUGGGAUGUGGAGCUGCAGACGGUGUUGGAGAUUAACAAGCUGGGCCACCGGAGACGCAUCCUGCAAUCGCUGGCCUACAUCCGCCAGAUGCGCGAUAGCGACUCAAAGUCACAGAAAACGCCACUGGGUGAAAACAACGAAACCAACCAGUUGACAACGAAUGGCAAUGGAACCACCAGGGAGGCCCCACCCCGGAUACCCGCCAACCCCGUGAAUCAUCGCAACUCCAUCACAGGCUAUCGCAAGAGCCGACCCGCACCUCCUCCUCCGGCUCCACCAGUUAGAAAGACAGCCGCUUUGCAAAUUAGGGCUCCCUCAGAGCUACUGCUGGGUCUUCCGGCCAAUUUAAGGACCACCGAAUGGCGUCACUCGGCGCAGACUUUGCUCAACGAGCAAAUCAAUUACGAGGUUCAAUACCUCGGCUCAACGGUUGUGAAAGAACUACGUGGCACAGAGUCCACCAAGAAGUCCAUACAAAAGCUGAAAUUCUCAGCUGAAGGUGAAAGCAAAUCGGGAUCACCACUCUCUCUGGCCAUAAGCCAUCGCGGUGUGGAGUUCAUCGAUGUGAGCACUAAGCGAACUAUAUGCGAACAUGAGAUUCAGAACAUCAACUGCGCCUGUCAGGACUCAGAGGACAUGCGCCACUUUGCCUAUAUAACCAAGGAGCAGGACCUGCACUACUGCCACGUUUUCCUGGUCCAAAGUACAGAUCUGGCCAGCGAGAUAAUCCUGACUCUGGGGCAGGCCUUUGAGGUGGCCUAUCAACUGGCACUUCGCGAUGGAAUCUCUACGACUCCUGCCCUACUCCUGGACAAUGGAAUGCUGCAGGGGGAGUAUUGUGGCGGGAAAUAGAGCCAGGACCUGGCCCCAGGAAAGCAACCACCGGCACCAAUCAGGCCAGGUCACAGUCUAAGUCUCAGUCGCAGUCACAGUCAAAAUCGCAGUCACAGUCGAAGUCGCAGCCUAUGCGCCAAACUAUUUUGCCUCACCAACUAUGGGGCUCUGUUCAAGUUGUAGUUAGUUUAAUCAGGAUGACUUUUUUUGUAAGGCAACUAGUAGUUUGUAGUCCUUGCGCAUAUUUGACUUUUAUACGAGCGGGAGUUAGUUUUUUUGGGGGUAAUUUUCUAUUGAUUUAACUAUUCAAAAGGCCAAAGAACAAACUACAAACGAAACGAACAAAAAGACUCACAAUCAACAGAAAGGCACAAUUUUUUCCAAUUAAGAGAAAUGCACCAAAAAAAUGAAGGCUUUAUUAGAGCUUCAGAAAACUUCCAAAAAAUAUAACAGAAAGCUUUCCUUUCCAAUCGACUUAAUUACUAGAUCAUUUUUGCAAAGAAGACGAAGGAUUAUCAUUAGAUCUAUUCCAAAAAAUAAAAAUAAAACAUAUUGAGGUAUUGCAUUUAUAUGGAAAAGCAAACAAAUUAAGCUUGAUGAUAUGAAAAAACAAUAGUAAAUGAAAAUGUUUUAGCAAAUUUUAACAAAUAAACAGGAGAAGAGUAAAUCAUGUUUGGCAAAGGAGUGAAGAAAUUAAAAAUAUAUUGGCUUAUUAAAACAAUUUUAUUAAUGUUGAAGAAUGCUAAAGGCAGAGAAUUGAAUCAAGAAUUGAUUAACAGAAAGAUAAAGCAAUGCAAAAUCAUAUCCCGCAUUCAUGAAGAUUUAUAACCUAUUGGCUAAUCACAUUUAUAUAUAUAUAUUAUACAUAUAUACAUACGACUAACUCUAAUAUUGAUAUGUAUGCGUGUUGUUAUAUAAUUUUUAAUUGAAUAUUUAAGCGAAUCGAAGCAAAUCAAAGGACAGACAACGCAUCAAGUUAUAAGCGAAAUAAAAGCUUACAAAAUCGUCAUUACAUUACAUUUUUAACUAUGUUUUUUUGAUAAUAUUUUACGAAUUUUUAAAGUAAAUAUAACUUUUAAACUAGUCCCUUAGUUGUUACCCAAACUUAAUCCCAAUGUGUAUUUGCAUUUAUUCGAUUGUAAAAUGUUUUUUCUCUUUUUCGUUUAAGGCCAGGCCUUGUUGUUAUUGCUUUUAUAUUGAUUUGAUUUAGAAAUAUUUAUUUAAAUUUUUAGAUCUUAAAGAGGUUCUUGACCUUGACUUCUAUAUCGAUGUAUGCGAACGCUUUAAAUGUUAGCCUGCUUGUGGUACAACAGAUUCCAUUAAGUACCUACCUACUCAAUACAAAGUCGAAUCGAUAAUUACAAAUUAAACUCAUCUUAAUCCAUUUUUCUCUGGGCAGCAGUUUGUUAUGCCAUAGACACCCGCAAACACACAUGGAAAAUAAAUCAAUUUUAUUAAAAAUAAACAAAAACCUAUAUAUACAAAACUCGUACUCAACCAGCCUAGCCCAUAACUAAACAAAUUUAAUAAACAAAAAAUAAAAUUAAAAAAACAAUAUAGAAUGCAACAAGUUGUGACAAAACACAAAUUCAAAAUUUUUAAGUGUUUAUCCAGAAAGGAAAAGAAUGAGUAAAAAAUUAAGGAAAAUACUAAAUAAAUACAUAAUUAACUGA